UCACUGUCUGACAUCUGUCAGACUAAUGUAACCAUUGAAAGUUUUACAAAAUCUAUAGUUUUCUUAAAAUGAUAAGGAAUAUAUUUCGUACCAGCCGUUGGCUGGUACUAAGGCAAGUCAAUAAUUUUACCCCAGUUAUAUUAAAUCGAUGUGUUCCACUAAAUACCUGCAAUACUACCUCUUGUCUUCCGAAUAGAAUAUUUUUGAGAAAUACAUCAAAUAUUUCACAAACUUCAGGAUUAGUGGAUCCAAUAGUUUAUGAAGAAAUCUGUAACGAAACCUUAGAAUCUUUAUGUGAUUAUUUUGAAGAAAUUGUUGAACGAUCUCCUAAUUUAAAGGGUGCGGACGUAACAUACAGUGAUGGAGUUUUAACGGUAGCACUUGGUGCGGAAUAUGGUACUUAUGUGAUAAACAGACAAAGUCCGAAUAAGCAAAUUUGGCUCAGCUCACCCGUAUCUGGCCCUAAACGAUAUGAUCUUGUACUAAAAGAUAGAGGAUAUUGGAUCUACAAGCAUGACGGCGUAACAUUACAUAAGUUGCUACAAGAAGAAAUAUCAAAGAUUGUUGUUACUAAAAUAGAUUUCGGAAGUUGUAGUCAUUCUUGUCUUUAAAUUUUUUUUUUGUUAAAUAUUAAAUAGCUUUUAUUUUUA